GUGGCUGCGGAGGAGGCGGGAGGACAACAUCGCGAUCUGGGGAAGCGUCGUCUGUUCGUCAGCAACCCCAAGAUGGCUCCGCACUUCCUAUCUUUCUCCAUUCCGUGGUCGAAGGCCAGGUGCAUCCCGCAAAUCCUAAGCGAACUGGAGGGCGACUCGCGCGUCCAAGCCACGCUCGAGAUGACCACGCUGGAGGAGGUUUUUUCAACCGUCGGUGAGCGCGCACAUCGCGACGAACACGAUUUGGAGUACUUUGACGGCCAGCAUGAGACCAUAUGAACUUGAAUCACAUAGUAACUACUUAUACAUAGAUGUUGCAGUUCUGUCCGUUGAUGUACCUGUAAACACUAAUUAUACUAAUAAAUUAUGAAUAGGAAUAUAUUUUCGAAUCCAAUGUAGUUGAUGAUGCACGUAGACAUAGAUCAUGGAAUGUGCUAACCGGUGUUACCCGCGGGGAACCACCAAAGCUAGUUCGCCUUAGCCACUAAGUAGUAGACUUAGCUUGCUUGUACAACAUCGAUUAGUUUUCAUUUUGUUCAAUCAGGUUUGUGUUAAAACCUAGCAGCCGGCCGCUUCCUCCAAAAGAUGCGAGUCCGCGUUUAUGUGAGUGACGGUGACCACAUGUUUUGAUCUUAGAGAAUGGCUCUACUAAGAAUUUCUGCUGAAUACUGUUUGAUAUGACGUUGAUGAAACAGAAAUUUUUACAACAAUCUUAUUCAUUUAAGUUUAAUUAUUUCUAAGAGCAAGAACUUCUGCGGAAGGUGAAGCUAAAGGCAACGCGAAGAAAACCACGGAGACAAGCGAUACAGAAAUUGAAAUGUGCGACGAAGAUCCAGCGAUGUCUAGCGGCGUGGUGCGCCUGCGCCCUCGGUGCUUGGGUUUUUGUGGUCAAUUUUGCGCUCUUUGGAAGUUUCGCUUAGGCGAGCAGUUACUGCCUGACAAACGAACCUAUGUCACAGUUCUGCUUUUUCAUGGUCUUGUGCUCGUGAUUGUCUUGGUCUUCAACAAGAUGAAUCAGGAGCCCGUGAAGGGGCAGCCUUUCUCGGGUGUGCAGUUCUUUGCUUCCGUAGUUUCGGUGGGCAUCGGCGCGGUGCUUUUUCCUGCAGUACUCCAGCUGGCGGGAUUGGAUACGACUGCCGAUUUGCUUGGCCGCGAGCGCGAAGACGGUAUCUUUCAGCAUUUAUUGAUGCACGGGUUGUCCCCCGCUGCCUACCACUGUGCCAACUUCUGCAGUUUCCUCUUGUCGCCAGUUCUCUUCGUUUGGGUUCCGUUCCUGAUUAUGUUACUCACCCUGGUCGAGGUUUUUCAGGAACAAGCGAUGCCAGCUGUGUUGCUGAUCUUUCUCAGCAUGAUUCCAGCGACAAAUAUGUGGGCGAUGUUGUUCGGUAAAAUCAUAUCCAGAGGUGGGCGCGACAUUCUGGCAAUAUUGGGAUUUUC